UUUGCUUUAAAAUCCACGUACCUGAGAGUCACCCUUCGAGAUCUCACCAUAUACUCACGCUCAUUACUACUAUAUACUUCAGUAUGCCCUCCGCAACAGGUACCAAGCGUGUCAGGGGAGUCUCGAUAUUUAGACCUUUCGUUUUCGGUAGCGAAGCGCAACCCUUCGACCCAGCCACGAAACCAAGCAAUGUAUCCUCAGAUCAUACUCACCAAUGGCGUGUUUACGUCCGCGGGGUCAACGGCGAAGACAUUUCCUACUGGAUUAAAAAAGUCCAGUUUAAGCUACACGAAACAUACGUGCAGAACGUCCGCACAGUUGAGCAUCCGCCCUACGAGGUGACGGAAACCGGAUGGGGUGAAUUCGAGAUCCAGAUUAAGAUCUACUUCGUCCCGGAAUCCAUGGAGAAGCCACAGACCCUCUGGCACAGUCUCAAACUACACCCGUACGGGCCUGAUGCGGAGGGGAAGAAGGAGCGGAGAGAAGUGGUGGUCAGCCAGAACUAUGAGGAGGUCGUGUUCAAUGAACCAGUGGAACAGUUCUAUGACUAUCUUACUGGAGGCUCCGGAACGCAGCAGAUGCAGAAGGGGAAGAGUGGGAAGAAUGCCAAACAGGCACAACAACAGCGCGGUGGCAGGACGGCUGAAAUUCCGUUUAACGAGACGCCGGAGAACCCUUACAGUCGGACGGCCGAAAACAAGGAGCUUGAUCGAUUAGCUGAGGCAAAUAAGACCGUGGAGCAGAUGAUUAAGGAUGAGAAGGAGCGGCUUAUUGCUCGGGAGAAACGAUUGGCGGAGUUGCGCGCGAGUGAAGGUGUUCCCGCACAGCCAUUGAAGAAAAGUUUUUCGGGGCGAAUACCCGUGCACUCGCAACAGCGCAUGGCGGGAACAGUCGGUCCACCUGACUCCUAGGAACUAGAUCGUGAGUCGGCUGUGUGAGAGAAGCAACAAUAAAUGCCGCGUCCUGAUUCUGGUCUUGCUCAAGGGCCGUGCCCAUUGGCAUGCAUGCUCCACCAACCGCAGCCUCAUAAUCGCAGCUUCAAGAUUAUCACACUGGUCGGCAUCCCUUCACAGAAAAUAAACCGGUUCUGCUCCAUUAUGGCUGGUGUUGAAAAAGCGACAAUCUCUCGCUCUCUGGAAGGUCCUCAGACUUUUUCAACUUCCCUCUGCGGAACAUUGAGAUAGCCCAUAAAAUAACUAGACUCGGGGAAAAGAAAAAUCACUUCAUUUUCGCUAAACUCA